AUGCGGCUCCGGUUUGGCACCCUCUGCAGGGGAAACCCCUUUAACUCCAGGAGGAGCUGUGACAAGUUCGGCUGUGGACACUACGGAGCACCCCGGAAAGGGGGCAGACACAGCGGGCUGGACAUUGUGUGUUCAGACGGUGCCUUGGUGUAUGCCCCAUUCAGUGGCACCAUUGUCCGCCGUUCCAGACCGUAUGGGAAUGGUAAUGCCAUAGACGACGGCAUUCAAAUCCAAAGCGGAGGUCUGUGUGUGAAGCUCUUCUAUCUCCGACCGUGGAGGACCUCUGGCAGGGUUUCUCUGGGCCAGGCGAUCGGGACCAUGCUUCCCAUGCAGAAAGUUUUCCGCGGGAUCACCUCUCAUGUCCACGUCCAGAUGUGUGACAGAUCCGACCCCAGCCGGUACUUCUAG